AUGGAGGAACCUGCCUUGCAAAACGGAAUUGUUCCCAGUCACAAGAGGUCAAAACAUAAAGCUGACCUGUUGCUGUCCCCAUCAGAAGAAGAUGAAGAUCUCGAGUUUAACGAAAAUCCUUCCGAACCUGCAUCCGAACCUGACAUUAAAUCUAAAGGGAGGAAUAACAAGGAUGACUUGGAACAGUAUCGAAAGUGGUUGGCGAGAAGGAAGGCGGACGUGAAAAAGGGGCUGUUCAGCAUGAACAUGGACGAACAGGUAAUCGAGUUUGAAGAAGGGACUAAGGAAAUGACGGUGGCUUUCAAUCAUGAGUUGGUGGCCUUGGUGGAGGAAGCGCAAAAAAUGUCCGCUCUGGGUUUUGACAUGCCCCCUGACAUCGCCGAGGUUGUCCAAAUGGGGUCACAGUUGUUGGUUCCGGCCAAGAAAAUGGUGGAAAUUUCUCGUUUCCACAACACUGUGGGUGAGACGAUGGUGCGAGUGCAACGACCCAUGAUGUUGGAGGAGGCUGUGGCCCUCUCGAAGCUAGUCAAGGACCACGGAAGAAUCACAUGGGGAGAUCCGGUGCGGAUGAAAAAGUUUAUUGAUAGCUUGAUGGGUAUCGUGGAAUCGUUGGGGAUGCACAACAGGGUCCUGACUCAGGCUCACUAUACAAUUAUGGGUUUGAUUACAAAACUUUUUGACACUGACUUGGUAAAGAGCAACCGAAAAUGGAGGGAUUCAGUAAAGGAAAUGAUUCGUAUUGUCAGAAAACUUGAGGACGAGGGAUUUAAAAAUGCAAAAGGCUGGCAUGAAUUUAUUGAUCAUCAGUUCUACAAAGUCCUAGAUGUCAAAUAUAAAGAAAGUUUGCUCAGAGUGGGAGAGACGAUGCCAGAAAUUCGGGUCGAUGUGGCUUGUACCAAUGAUCUACUACAAUUUAAGCCUUCGUUGGAAGAAAUUCGUACCACUUAUCGGGCUCACAUCAAGAAAAUUGUAAACCUUCCCAAUACUUUUGAAGGGACAAUAUACAAGAGCGAGUUUUUCAGUCCGAUUAUCACAUCAGAUUUUACUCUAAAAAUAUUGAAAACAAAUUUGGCAUACGAAGACAAACUAUUUGAACAACUAGAGGAUAAGCAAUUAAAGUUUAAGGAUUGGCUUUUGAGAGAGACUUUAGACUUGGAUAAACGAUUAUACGCCAAAGGUAAACCACUUGCUGGAAAUUGGGAUGAGCAGUUUCGAUUUUCCAAACAAAGAAGCCAAGAAAUUGCCAUGCUAAGUUUUGACGAAGAAAAAUUUGGCUGUUUCAUAAUAAGUUACUACGGCUUACGAUUGGAAAUUGAGUUACGAAAUCGAGAGUAUUGGGAUGCAUUAAGUCGAUCAUUAUCAUCAUCCGUUGCGGAAGAUAUGCACACUCUAGCCGCCUUUGUAGUUGAAGGAACAACUAUUUUGAAUCAGAGUCUCCAGUCAAUGGAGGAUAUAACAGAAUCUAGUGUUGCUAAAGAGAAAAUUUCUGAACGGAUGCAAACGAUGGAAAUAGUCAUGAAAGACUGCGUUGAGAAAAAUCAGCUUUUGAUGACUUGGAUUAAAUCCGCGUUUGACCUGACCGAGUUACAGUCCGACUGGAGGGAAUUUGAGGAACUGUUAGGAAAUCAUCAAAUUCUUCUCAAUCGACAGAUUCAAAACAUCAAAAUCAACCUAAACAAUGAGUCUGAUAUGAUCAAUGUGGAAAUUGACACAUUUAAAAUUAAAUGGGACCAACUUAAACCCACGGAUAGUGAAGUCAUGAAAACUCCAGAGAAAUUGGAUGAAGCAAUAAGUUUCAUUACUGAAAUGCAACGUACAUGGCACAACUUGGCUUCCAGGAAGAAAGAAUUGGAAACGACGUGCCGCACUCUGGGGGUGGGACCAUUUGACUUUCCAGCCGCAGCCGAAGUUCAGGAAGAUUUAACAAAAUUCGAAAGCAGCUGGGGAAAAGUUUCUGCAUUUAGAAAUGGUCUGAAAGAAUUUGAAACCGAGGAUUGGGUUAUUUUUAGAGCGAGACCCCAUCGUUUUGAAGAAUUUCUUGACCAAUGGCAUUCUACACUAAGGGCCGAUGGGAACAUGUCACCAUUUAUUGUAGAAAUGUUCAAAGCAAUCGAAGAUUACCGGAUAAUUGUUCACAACUUGAGAUACAUUCGUGGAGACAUUUUCACAGAGAAACAUUGGGCAGAAAUGUUUAGUGUGUUACAAAUGCAGCAAAAGCCACUCGCAUAUUUAAAGGCUGGAGACUUUCUUGGCGUCCGAAGCAAUAUUACUAAAAACAUAAAACAGCUACAGGAUCUAAAUUCUCGUGCUACUGGAGAGAUCACCGUUCGCCAGGCUUUAACAGAACUGGAUACUUGGGAGAUAGAUGCUACUUUUCAAUUAGCAGAACAUAAAGACUCACACGACCAGCCGAUUAAUAUCAUCCAAGAUUUUAAAUCUGUUGUUAAUAAGCUGGGAGAUAACCAAAGCCUUCUACAGUCAAUCAGAACAUCACCAUUUUACUACCAUUUUUCGGAUAGAAUUUCUAUUUGGGAAACAAAACUGACUGAUUUGGAUGAAUAUAUUCAAAAUUUAAGCAAAAUUCAAAGAAGGUGGAUUUAUUUGGAACCCGUAUUCAGUCAUGGCGUAUUGGAAGCCGAACAGAUCAGAUUUCGAAAAAUUAAUGAAGAAUAUCGCCUAGUAAUGCAAGAGGUUACUCGAGACAGUCGGGUUGUCAGUCUUUACAAGCAAUCUGGAAUCAGAAAUCGUCUCAGUACGUUAGUCGAUCAGUUGUCAAGAUGUCAAACAAGUUUAAAUGAGUUUCUGGAAAAAAAACGAUCAGGAUUUCCAAGAUUUUACUUCCUGGGGGAUGAUGAUUUACUUGAAAUUUUGGGACAAUCUACAAAGCCCAUGGUUAUUCAAGCUCAUUUGAAGAAACUAUUUGCUGGAAUUUACAAUGUAGAUUUUGAUGAAUCUUGUACGCGUAUUAUGGCAAUGAAAUCUUUGGAAGGUGAAGUAGUUCCGCUAAAGUCUCCAGUGAAAAUAAAUCCACGAGUGGAGGAGUGGCUUAAUGAGCUAUCUAAUGAAAUGAGACUCACCCUAAAGUCCAUGUUGCUCGACAGCGUUGCAGACUCAAAACACAAUGCAAAUAAUCCCCACAAAUAUCCUUCACAAAUUCUGUGUUUGAGCAACGCCGUUGUCUUUACUGACCAAUGUGAAGAAGCAAUUCGUUCUGGAAAACUUCAAUCCUUUCUAAAUAAUUUGAGAGAAGAUUUAAAUAUGUACACAAGUCAACGCAUGAAGGAGUCUAGUGGCAAGGACAAGGUGUUGGAAUUAAAACUGAAAGACUUGAUCUUGGAUGUAAUUCAUAACAUUGAGGUUGUGGAAUAUUUAAUUGCUCGAAACGUGCGCCAAUCUUCCGACUGGUAUUGGCAUAAGCAACUAAGGUUUUACAUUCGUGAGGACGGUACCGCUAUGAUUAACAUGGCAGACGCUCAAUUUUCCUAUUCGUAUGAAUACCAAGGAAAUGCUCCAAAGCUAGUGCAUACGCCCUUGACGGAUAAAUGCUACUUAACAUUGACUCAGGGUAUGAGAAUGGGACUUGGAGGAAAUCCCUAUGGUCCUGCUGGAACAGGAAAAACUGAAUCAGUGAAAGCCCUUGGUGGCAUAUUAGGUCGACAAGUCUUGGUUUUUAAUUGUGAUGAGGGCAUCGAUGUGAAAUCCAUGGGCCGUAUCUUCACUGGCCUGGUUAAAUGUGGAGCUUGGGGCUGCUUUGAUGAAUUUAAUCGAUUGGACGGGUUGACCUUGUCCGCCGUUUCACUACAAAUUCAACCAAUUCAAAUGGCAUUGAAACAAGGCUCACCAAGUGUUACACUAAUGGACGCACUUGUCCCAUUAGAUCCUAGUUCCGGAAUUUUUGUCACUUUAAAUCCUGCUGGUCAAGGUUAUGGGGGGCGAAAUAAACUACCUGAUAAUUUGAAACAACUCUUCCGACCUGUCGUCAUGUCUCAACCUGAUAAUACGCGUAUUGCUGAAGUAAUUUUAUACACUGAAGGGUUCAAGUAUGCAGCCAUCAUUGGGAAGAAAUUGGUAGAAGUUUUCAAAGUCGCCGAGAAACUGUUGACACCCCAGACGCAUUAUGAUUGGGGUCUCCGAGCACUAAAAACAGUACUGAAAGGGUGCGGAAGUGCUUUAGCAGAGUACAAAAGAGAGAAUCCUACAGCAACAGAAAGUGAUGAAUCGAACAUUGUCGUGGCCACUCUUAGACUGAAUACUUUGCCUAAAUUGACAUAUUCGGAUUGCUUGAGAUUCGACAAUCUUAUCAAAGACGUUUUCUCUAAUGCUAUAUUCAAGAACUUGGGAAAUAAUGAUCUAGCAGAAAAUGUUCGAGCAGUGUAUGCAGAUUUGCAUUUGAAAGUAAAUGAAAACCAGGUGAGAAAGUGCUUGGAACUGUAUGAGCAGUUAGAACAAAGAAUGGGUGUUGUGAUUGUGGGGCCAUCAUGCUGUGGAAAGUCGACAGUUUUAACAGUGUUGAGACAUGCACUUCUGCGAAUGGGACAUCAAAUUAGGAUGCAUGUUAUUAAUCCAAAAGCAAUGCCUAAAGCCCAUUUAUUAGGACAUAUCAACCUUGACACGCGACAAUGGACUGACGGAAUUCUUACAAUGAAAGCCCAGCAAGUGUAUGCGGAACCCCCCGAAAUUACAUCGUGGAUAGUAUGUGAUGGUGACAUCGAUCCCGAGUGGGUGGAGUCUUUGAACUCGGUGCUAGAUGACAAUCGUCUCUUGACGCUUCCAUCGGGAUGGAGGAUAAAGUUUGGUCCAAAUGUCAACUUUAUUUUCGAAACACAUGAUUUGAGUUUGGCCUCUCCAGCCACAGUUUCUCGAAUGGGCAUGAUUUUCAUGAGUGAGGAAGACGCUGACGUUGAAAAUAUUAUACUGACAUGGAUAAGUAAGCAACCGAGUGAAAAAGAGGAGACACAUUUAGAAAUUACUAGACCACAAUUGUUAAAAGCUUUAAGCCUUGUAAAAAACAUUCAAGAACCGAUUAUACCAAUUCCAUCGGUAGCCCUAGCCAAGACUUGUCUUUCUCUCAUGGAACGUGUAAGAAAUAAUUAUGAUACGGCGGAAGCUCUGAUUCGAGGGAUUAGUGGUCAUUUAACGCUCAAGUUGAUUACGCCCGUUGCUAACGAAAUUUUGAAAAAUUGCGACCUGCCUGAAAUGAGGAAUCCUAAGAAUGUCCAUUACAACCCAACAACAAAGCAGCUUGACCAAUAUGUCACAGAUAAUUUGAUUGUUGACGAGGAUACAUUUGAACCUAAUAAUUAUCCUCUGGUAAAGACUGCAGAUGUCAAACUUGUUUUGGACCACAUCCGUCCCUGGUUAGACAACCAAGAAUCUUUCAUGUUAAUUGGUCCCGAGGGUUGUGGAAAAACGAUGAUUUUAAGUUAUGCAUUCAAGCAACUACGAUCCACCGAAGUUGCAACUAUUCAUUGUUCUGGUCUUAUUACCCCCGACAAUGUUUUACAAAAAUUGUCUCAGAUAUGCAUUACAAUGUCAACCAACACUGGUCGAGUUUACAAGUCUAAAGACGGGGAUCGACUAAUUCUAUAUUUCAAAGACAUAAACUUAAUUAAGCCUGAUAAAUGGGGAACUUGUCAGCUUGUGGAAUUUCUUCGUCAGAUAAUUAUUUUUGGUGGAUUUUUCGACAAGAAUUUGGAAUGGGUGUCAGUUCAAGGGAUUCAAAUUGUAUGUAGCAUUGCAGUUGGGGAAUCAGGAGGACGCUACCCACUUUCUCCCAGAUUCACUUCGAGAAUUCAUAUAUGUUCUAUGAGUGAACCGGAAUCGGAUCAACUUUUGGCUCUAUAUCACAAUUACUUAUCCCUCUUGAUGAGAACUCACUGGCCACGCCAUCCGGUUGCCAGUAAUCCCAAGGAGGUCGAAGCCCUUGCGAAUGGAAUGGUUCGGGUGUACAAUGAGGUGCGAAAAACCUUUACCCCUGUCACACAUAGUCACUACCUUUUUACUCCGAGGGACUUGACCAAAUGGACCCUUGGCCUAAUGCGCUAUGCUAUAGUUCGAUUUAUUGACAAUGCCGGACGAAAUGAACUUUACUACACAUGGUGCUUGGAAUCUUGUCGAAUUUUUCGAGAUAAACUAGUAUCUGAUGAGGAGAAAAUUAGGUUCACGGAAGCCAUUUUACUUCCAGUAGCAAGUCAGUGGGGGUUCACCAGUCUUGACUCUCUUGACGAGGGAGUGCAAAACGCAUGGUGGAUUAGCUGUUAUGCAACUAAUAUUAUCUCCCCUGUGAUUAAUGUACAAUCGUCCCCAUUGUUUGGAGAAGAACUAGUGAGAAUAAAUAACGAAGAUUUGGAGCAAUUAGUGGAAAAGGGGAUUGCUGCAUUCGGGAGAGAGAACAGAAACCUUAAUAUCGUCAUUAUUCGAGAAUUGGUAGAGUGUGUUGUCCAAUUUGAUCGUAUCUUGACAUUGCCAAGUUCAUGUAUGCUUCUGGCCGGAAGGGCAGGGGUUGGAAGACGUUCUGCAUUGUCAAUCGUAUCCAUAUUACAUCAUGCCAUGAUUUUGACGCUAAAAGUUGGAAGAAAUUAUUCAAUGAAGUCAUUCAAAACAGAUGUGAAGGCUGCUAUUCAAAUUUCUGCAAUAGAAGGAAAUCAAGUGUACCUAGUAGUUGAAGACUUUCAACUAAUUGAUAUAAUUUUCUUGGACAUGAUUAAUAGCCUGAUUUCUUCUGGGGAGAUUCCAGGCUUGUACACGCCUGAAGAGCUGGAAAAUAUAGUGUCUACACUACGAGAUAUGGCCCUAACUGAUGGCUACACUUCAAAUUUGUACAGUUACUUUGCCCAGCGUGUUCGAAAUAAUUUGCACGUGAUUCUGAUCAUGGAUUAUACAAACGAGAAUUUUAUUAAAAAUUGUCAAAGCAACCCCGCUUUAUAUAAACUGUGCCACAUGCUAUGGUUGGAUGGUUGGUCAGAGGAGACAAUGAAAGAGCUGCCAAUGAAGAUAAUGCAAAAACUGUACAAUACGCCUGAGACCCGACUCUUGCAAUUGGAUUGCGCGUUUGGGUUCACUAACAAUUUUGAUGACGAUGAAUCUCGGGAGCGUUUCUUUGACGGUUUUCAAAAAAUCUACGACACCAUGGACAUCAAUAUGAAAUAUCCCAGACGUUAUUCGUCCUUCAUUUAUAAUUACGCCCUCUUGUACCGCAACAGGAGGUUAGAACUUUCCGGAGACUCGAAGAAAUUUGAGGCCGGUAUUGCCAAACUUGAAGAAGCGACAACCAUUGUAGAAGAAUUGAAAGCUGAAGCUGCCGAACAAGAAACAAUUCUUGCUGAAAAACAAGCAGAAGCCAAUAAAGCAAUGGACAUGAUCUCCAUUACUCUCAAGAAUUCAAAUGUUCAAAAGGGCGAACUAGAGGAGCUGAGGAAGAAAACAGAACAGGAGAAAGAAAUUCUUGCCCAAAAGAAAGCAGCAAUUGAGGUAGAACUUUCAGAAAUUGAGCCCAUGGUCAAAUUGGCACAAGCUGCAGUUGGAAAUAUCAAAAAUGAAGCCUUAACGGAAAUAAGAUCCUUGAGAGCACCUCCUGAGAUUAUUCGAGACAUUUUGGAAGGUGUACUACGAUUAAUGGGAACGCGUGACAUGUCCUGGAACAGUAUGAAAACGUUCCUCUCCAAACGAGGAGUGAAGGAGGACAUUCGGAAUUUUGAUGCCCGCAGUAUUGAUUCUACCGACAGGGAUGCUGUGGAAAAAAUUUUAAAAUUAAAGCAAUCAUCUUUUGAUCCCAAGAAUGCCAAGAGAGCAUCCGCAGCCGCUGCACCCCUGGCAGAAUGGGUAGUUGCAAAUGUCAAGUUUGCCAAAGUAUUGGAGAAAAUAGACCCCUUGGAGCGCUACAAGGAAGCCCUGGAACACAAUUUGACCCUGACAGAGACCGAUAUGAACGAAAUUAGUUCAGAUUUGACAUCAGUCGACGAGAAAGUUAAAGCCUUGACCGAACGAUAUAAACGAUGUUCGAGUGAAGCCGUGGGUAUCCAAUUCAACUUGAAUAAAGCAAAGUCGACAUUGUCCGCUGCGGAAGGACUUGUGGGAAAAUUAAAUGAGGAAUAUACACGAUGGACAGAAGAGUUGGAAGAACUCGAAGAAAGCUAUUUGAAACUUCCAUUCGAUGCAAUGAUGGCUUCCGCCUUUAUUACGUACCUCUCUAAUGCUUCUGAAGAUGUCCGGGCUACAUCUACGGAAAUUUGGUGCAAGAUUUUGGGAACAGAAUCUUUCGACUUUUGUAAAUUUCUGGGAAAGGAAGUACAUUUUUUGAGAUGGCAGUCUUAUGGUCUUCCGUCAGAUACACUGUCUCGCGAAAAUGCCAUUAUGAUUACUGAGCUUGCGGAUGGAAAUAUUUCGACGUGCUUGCGGCCAUACCUCGUUGACCCUUCAAACCGAGCCACCGAAUGGUUGAUUACCCAAAUGUCAGCUCAUGAAAUAAAACCGGUUGUAAUUUCCCUGCAAGACCCUAAAUUUGCUGGCGAAUUGGAACUGGCUGUUCGUUUCGGAAAAAUAAUCAUCGUGAUCGAGGCUGAUGCUAUCGAACCCAUACUUAUUCCUGUUUUGAGAGGCGACCUGGUAUCACUGGGGUCACGAGAAGUACUGGCCAUUGGCGACAAAAUGAUUGACUACAAUGCCAAAUUCCGACUUUAUCUCGCGACAAGAAACCCAUCCCCUUUGAUCCCUCCUGAUGCACAAUCCGUCGUAACAGUUGUAAAUUUUACUACGACACGCGCUGGUCUCACGAGUAAUCUAUUGUCAGCCACCUUGUCUUCAGAACACCCAUCUUUGAGUAAACAGAACGAGGAACUCAUCAGUACAAUUGAAAGUUUGAAGCUAGAAAUGGAAGAGGUUGGAAAUACGUUGCUGCGAGAAUUGGCUGAUGCAGAAGGAAAUAUACUCGAAAACAAGGAGUUGCUAGCAUCUCUCAAUGAGACAAAGGCAAACGCAUUGAGAGUAGCCGAAAAGUUACGAGAAGCUUCUGAGGUAGAGAUAGAGAUUUCUCAAGAGAUCGACGAAUACCGCCCGCUCGCCGACUUUGGAAGCAAAUUGUACUUUUCAAUUGUCACCGUCUCCCAGCUCAACCCAUUGUACCAGUUUUCGCUGAGAAGCUUCAUCCUCUUGUUUGAAACUACAUUAAAUGACCGGAUGCUUGAAAGGAAUGGGGAGGACGAAGAACAUAUGACUGAUUUACUCAAGACUAGACUCUUUGAAAGCACUUACACCUUCGUGUGUCAGGCUUUGUAUAAAACUGAUCGGAUGGCAUUUGCUUUACACUUGGCGAAUACAAUGUUCCCUGGUAAAUUUCAUGCCAGCGAGUGGGACGCAUUCACCGGACAACUGGUAAUGAAUCAGGAAAAUGAUGUCGCCAUCCAGAGCCAUAAUGUACCAGCAUGGGUACCAGAAGACCGCAGAUUUCCAGUAAAAAUUUUCAUGACCACUUUCCCUCAACUUUAUGAAAAGCUGCAAUUUCAUCGAACAGACCUUUGGACACAAUUUUAUAACGCAAAUGAUUGUGAGGAGGCACUUCCGGCAGAAAUCAAAAGUCGCCUGACACCAUUCCAAGAGGUCUUAUUAAUCAAUAUUCUUCGUCCGGACAGACUACUAACAUGCAUGUACAAUUUUGCCCGUGGAACAUUUGGAAGAAAGUCGUUAUACCCAUCCCCUCCUGGUCUAAAAGAACUUGCUGCAGAGGUGGGGUCAGGACAAUCAAUUUUGCUGCUUGUCUCUGCUGGGUCUGAUCCUUCUCUUGAAAUUCGAGAAGUGGCAGAGCAUGUCGUCGGAUUGGAUAAAUACAUGGAAAUACCUUUGGGACAAGGCUCACUCGAUGAUGCUUUUCUAAAGCUGCGCACUGCGGCAGAGAAAGGCUACUGGACAUGCAUCAAAAACUUGCAUCUUACCAUCCACUUGUUGGACGCUUUGGAAAAACAAAUUCGAUCCCUCCAGUGUCACAGAGAUUUUCGACUCUGGUUAACAUCCGAGUCACAUCCAGGAUUUCCAAAAGUGUUGGCCCAAACUUGCUACAAAUUUGCAUACGAGUCACCUGAAGGCAUUAAGAAAAAUAUUCAACACACCUUUACCAAUUGGACACCAGAAUAUUUCACGGGAAACAAGAAUACGAUGAGGUGUCAGGCCUUGUUCAUGCUGGCGACUUUUCAUGCUAUCGUUCAAGAGCGGAGAACUUAUAUCCCUCAAGGAUGGAGUACGUGCUAUGAAUUUAACGACAGUGACAUUCGAGCUGGUUGCGAUGUCAUUGAACAACUUUUUAAAGCAGCUCGUCCCUCCAAAGACAUUCAGUGGAAUUACAUUCACGGGAUUUUUGAAAAUGCCAUUUAUGGAGGUCGGAUUGACAAUGAGUAUGAUAGUCGCGUUCUUGUGACUUAUUUACAAGAAUAUUUCAAUAACGAAAUCAUAACUGGGGGAAACAUGUCAAGAAAAUAUUUCGGUCCAAACAUUACCCUUCCAAGUUCUAUUAACAUCAGCAACUAUUUGGAUGUCGUGGAAUCUAUCCCUGAAAAUGAUAGGCCAUCUUUCUUUGGGCUUCCCAGAAAUAUUGAAAAGUCGUGGCAGAAGAAUACGAGUGCCCUGAUUAUUAACCAACUAAAAGUCUUGUCGAGAGGUUUUAACGAUAUUGUGUCAUUUGAUAAGGAUGUUUGGUCGAAAGAACUCACUCCGAUCAUGUUCCUAUGGAAGAAGCUAGCUCAGGGUUCGACCAUCUAUUCUCUCUUCCAGAAGCCUCUCAUCACACCCACAUUCACGGAAGAAGAAUUAGCAUUCAGUCCUAUUGAUGCAUUUGUCCAGCUGGAGCAUUUUCACAUAUUUGUUCUUAUACAAAAGAUACACCGAAGUCUAGGCUUUCUCAGUAGAGUUAUCCGUGGGGUUGUCAUUCCUACACAGGACUCAUACUUGACAGCUCAGGCCCUAAUGAUACGCGAGGUCCCACUUUCCUGGAAACUUUUGUGGGAUGGACCCCAUGAUUCGAGUCAAUACAUAUCCGGGUUGAUUGACAGAGCAAUCAAGGUGAAUGAUAGCUGGCUAGCUAAAUCUAAGGAUGGGAUUCUAUUAAGCCAAGGAAUAUGCUUGUCAGAUCUGAUAAAUCCAGAUACAUUUUUUACUGCAUUCAAACAGCACUGUGCAAGGAAACGUAACUUGCCCAUGGAUGAGUUAGAAUUGUCUUGUACUUGGGAACGUAACUCUACUGUGACCUCGGAUAAAUUGUACUGUGUCCUUAGAGGGAUUCUGUUAGAAGGAUGUCUUUUCAAAGGUGGCAAACUAAUAGAAAAUUGUCCAGAAGACCCACCUGCUUCUGAAGCCCCUGACUGCUUCAUAACGUGGGAAGCAAGGUCUAUUAAAUCAACGCCGAGUGCCGAAAUCAGGCGACGGUCAACCACUUUGGCAGUGCCCUUAUACACCAACGAUUCUCGCAAAAAGCUCAUUGGUAGUUUAGAUCUUCCUAUUCAAAACGGGGAUGAAGUUAAAUGGAUAAAAACUGGUAUUGCCUUAUUUCUUAAAUAAUUGAAAAAAUUAAACUUAAUAUCUACCUACUACAUCAAUAUCAAUAUCAAUAUGAAAUCAAUCAAUUCAUGUAAAUUAACCUGUACAUCAAAUGUCUAACGGGUAGGAAAUGGUAUUUUGUGAAUAAUUAGCCAAAUGGAAAAUGAAACGUGCGUAUGAAUUAUACAAAAAUGUGAUACUGAAUACCCUAAUAAAUUUUAUUAUGUUAAAAAGUUAUUGACAAAGGAUAUUCACUCAGCCAUCUAAUAAUGACUUAAAUAGCUCAACUCUAAUCAAAUGAAGGUUGCUCAUUAAAAAAUCGUCAACCCUUUAGAUUAUGUUAAUGUCUAAUAAACAGAUACAACAGAGUAGCGGUAGAUCCGACGACACAAAUGCAAGGAUAUCAUGAUGAAAACUUUCAGACACUGACCCCUCAAGGGGCAACACAGGUUCAGGUGGACCCUAAUGAGGAAAAGCUAAAAUAUGUCGAAAUUUUUGUUUUGAUGGUAUCAGACGAAUACAUGCUUUAUGACAAACUAGUGUCAAAAUAGAAUAAAAUAAUGAAACGCCUGUAGGCUUGGACGGACAGGCAGAACGCUCGCAUGAUAUACCUCUACUUAAUACCGGAUUAAUUUGCAUUAGGUGGGUUAGUUGGAAUUAGUUAGUUUCAAACAACGGAAGUAAUAAUAGAUAUACGAUGGAUGUCCAAGGUCAAUGUUUUACUGCAUUGUUAAAUCUGUAUGUGCAUUAAUGAAAUGUGGGAAUGAAAUUUACAAUACGCACAAAGCUAACAAACGAAUAAAAAAGUUUAAUAACUCAAUCACGCGUAUAAAAAGACUGCAUAUUGCUUCUGGUUUGGUAUGAUCAUCAUCCAUAGCAUUGCUUCUCAAACGGAGUAAAAAUAUACUUAAAAAUUUCACAAAUUUCCCAAGACAGAUUAAAAUGGUUUCGAGAAAAUUCCAUCAAUUCAUAAUCUUUGCCACCCUCGCAACACUAUUUCUCAUAAUGUCUGUCUCUUCAGCCCCUCAAACAAAUAACUGCCCUUACGGCGACUCUUACUCCCCCGAUGACAAUUGCAACACUUGUCACUGUGUGAACGGGCGUUAUCGCUGCACCAUGAAAUACUGUGACUCCUCCCUCGCAAGCUGGCCCGCAUUUCAGCAACAAUAAGAUAAAUAAAUAUCAAAACUUACUCUAAAACGUA